UGAAGAGGCUUAGCACUCUGAAUCACUUGAUAGUUUCUUCUUUUAGUUCUCUCCCUGAUUAGCAAUAUUUAUUUAUUUUUUUGAUAGGUAAGUAUAAAAGAUGCUGUUUUCUUAAGAUGCUCUUUUUCUUUGGAAGCCAACCAAUUUUAGCCCCUUUUUUGGGUGAGGGUGGGGGUUUGGAUUUGACAUUUGUUGGUUUGGAGGUUAAUUUCAAACCAACAAAACAGCCUAAUCAUGGAUAAUCCUGCCCUAGUAGUUAGGCAACAUGCCCAAUCUCAGCUCCCAGAAAUGGGGUGCCUGAAUAGCAAAGAACUAACUUUUAGCUAUACCCUCCACCAUCAUAUCAGAUUCAAAUCACAAUCUUAAAGUUUCUGGAAUCCCUUUCCUGUCAAAUGCCCCUGGCAAGGGAAUUAUAGAAGUCUGACAAAGAUGUCCACCGGUUCUAAAGGAGCAUCUUUCAAUCCAUGAAGAGCUUUAUUAUAGAUUAAGACUACACCUUCUCGUCUCUAAACCAACUCCAGGCAAAGAGAUCAGAAAUAUUUGGUAAAAGGGCAUUAUAGAUACAGUAGUUUGACAGAUUCCUCCACAGCCAUGCACAUUGGGCAAUAGUUUUUCCAAAUUCAUUCCUUACACCAUGUUGAUCAAUGGAAGGGUUCUAUCCUAAAUUACUAUUCGGGCAAGGAAGCUUGGAUGAUAUAGCAAGGUUAGAUCUUCAACAACUAAUCACAGUGGUUUGAUGGAUGCAUCACUAACUCUUUGUGAGCUUUGCUUGUGGUUAUAUCUCGAGCUAUUAUUGCUUUUUCCAAUGAGAAUGCCAUAGGACCGCAGAAAUUUUUGAAGAUUGUAGGCCCUUUCUUCCUCCCGAUUCACUUUGAUAGGGAAAUGAAGUGAAUAUUAUUAAUCCUAUAUACAUUGGUUGUGCUCUCUUUUUGGCUAGGUCUUCUUUCAUAUUUUUUUCUUUGCCUAUCUAAAAAGGAAAAAAAAAAAAAAAGAAAUAGAAAAAAAGAGAAAAAAGAGAAAAAGAGGAGGAAGAAGAAGAGAAUGUUACUAAAAAGCACUAAACAAGAAAGGGGAGAUGGGGUUGGUUUUGGGGGUAGUGGUGGUGUAGGUACUAGCCUCAUAUACCUAGAAAGAAUGCAAAGGGUGUCAAAUGGCACAAUAUAAAAGACACAAGCUACACUAACAAGAUCUCAUAUAAUCAACAGAUCUAGCAAGGACAAGCAGUCUGCUCCCAAGAAGAAUCUAGAACAAAGAAAAUGGUUCAUAAUAAAUUGCUUGAAUUGGCCACUCUAAGCUUCAAAUGGCCCUUUGUUGCUUUCUUCCCAAAUGAUUCAAAACAAACACAACAAUGUCAUCCAAAUUUACAAUAUAAUUUUAGAAAAUAAAUUCAAAAUUUAAUUUUUUACUUGUUCAUAAUUAUAUUUGAUGUUUUAAAUUAUAAAAUAUGUUAAUCUUUCAAGUGGAAUAUAUAAAACUUUGCUUUAUUUAGUUAUUUAAUACUUUAAUUAUAUGAUACUCAUAAUAUAUAUAUAUUUUUUUUAUGAGAAACAACAGUAUAGUAUAUUGAAGAAAGUAAAAUAAGUACAAAGAAGGAUGGAAAAUCCUCCAAAAAGUACACAAAAAGAAAGCAAGGACCUCCAAGUUUAAGAAUCCAUACAUCUAUGAGGUUCCACAACCUAUGUCCCAUGUGGGAAUAUACAAAAAUAAUCUAUCCUUGCUAGCCCACUCUCUUGGAGUUACACACCAACAUCCAAUCGAGCUGGAUCAAAUUAAGGGGAACACCCUUAAAAGUUGUGGAGCAAGAUGUCCAAAAGGAGGUUAAGAAAAAGAUCAUGUCCCAAAGACCCUCUGAGGUUCUUGCCUUAUCCUCAAAGAUCCUAGCAUUUCUCUCCUAUCACACUAUUCUCAUCAGAGCAAGACAAACAAGCUUCCACAAUACCUUGCCUCUACUAGUGUUUCCCACUCCUCUAUAUGAAAUACUCAUCAUGGUGCGUAUACUCUUGGGAGGAACCCAAUCCAUAUGAACCAAGCUGAAUAGUCUGUGCCAUAGCCCCGAACUCAAUGGGCAAUGUAAAAAGAUGCGAUCUAUCAUUUCGCCACUCUCCAUACACAACAAACAAACAUCAGGAUUGAGGGCUUUGUAGGAUCUUCUUAAUUGUAGCAUGUCAUAGGUGUUUACCUUCUUGAAUGCCACUAACCAAGCAAAAGAUUUGACCUUAAAUGGGGCUUGCAGAUUCCAUACAAAAUCAUUAGGGAAUGAAGGAGUUGGAUCAAGAUGAUUGGCCAAGACUAAAAAUAACAACUUUACUGUGUAUAAACCCGAAGAAGACAGGGACUAGACUCUCGAAUCAUUGACCAAAAGGAGAUAAAUGCAAGUGUGAGAGAGAGGACAUGAGAUAGAUGAAUAAGUUUUCCCACUACACGCUGAUGUAUCCCCUUAUCGAUCGGAUUUUUAUUUGACUUCUCUCCUAACUUCAAGUUUGGAUCCAUGGGAGUGUCUACUGGUUUACAUCUCAACAUACUUGUUUCCUUUAACAGAUCUAACAUGUAUUUUCGUUGUGAAGCAGAAAUCCCACUCCUAUUCCUGACAACCUCCAUCCCAAGGAAAUACCUUAAACUUCCCAAGUUUUUUUAUUUCGAAUUCUAGAGCAAGCCUCUCCUUUAAUUGUUCCAUUGCAGCCUUAUCAUCUCUAGUCAAGAUUAUAUUAUUCACAUAAACAAUAAGGAUCAUAAUCUUACUAUCCUUAUUGUGGAAUUCCGGAUUUAUGGAUGAUUGUAGGAUGAAAUUAGAAGAUAUUACAGGCUGUAAUUAGAGAUUUGCUAGCUGUAAAUAGUUGUAGAUUAUUUUCUAUAGAUAGGAGAUAGUUUCCUCUAUUGUGGGAUCUGAUAGAGCUUUUUAAGGAAUUACCAGGCUGUUGGUAAUCUCCUAUUUCCCUAUAAAUGUAAUUUCUGCAGUGUAAAUUAUAUAGAAGAAAAUUCUCACAAUUAUCUUCAUGGUAUCAGAGCAAUUCCGCCUGGACCUAUCACUUUUUUCUCGGUUUUAAUCCAGAACCAAUUUUUCUGGGUGCAAACCAAUCUUCUUCUUCAUCCCAACUCAUUACUUCUUUAAGUUUUUUGUGUUUGAGCCUAGUCUCUCAUAGGUAUUACUUUUCCCUAUGGCCUCGGAAACCAGUAGCAGCAUUACGGGAACCAUGUUUGGCCAGGAACUCGUGAGCAAUGGUGGUGCAGAAGGUUCAUCAUUCCUCAUCACUCGGCACAAGUUAACUGGCCACAAUUACCAUCAAUGGGCGAAGGCAAUUCUGAUGUUUAUCACAGGCAGAGGUAAGGAUGAAUACCUUUUCAGCACUACUGAACCGCCUAAGAAGGAUGAUAAAAGAUUCAAGGUUUGGAACACCGAAAACAAUCUGGUUAUGUCUUGGCUGAUCAAUGCAAUGGACACAGAAAUAGGUCAAAACUUUUUGUUUUAUGAUACUGCACAUGAAAUCUGGAUGGCAGCAAAGGAAACAUACUCUGAUAGUGACAAUACUGCUGAUCUAUUUGACAUCAAGGGAGCCCUACAUGAUCUAAGGCAAGGUGAGAUGACUGUGACUCACUACUAUAACACUCUUAGUCGUUUUUGGCAACAAUUAGAUGUGUUUGAGACUAUGGAUUGGGAGUGCCCAGGAGAUGCUAGUCGAUACAAAAGGAUUAUUGAAAAAGAAAGGGUCUUUAAGUUCCUAUUGGGAUUAGACAAAUCCCUAGAUGAAGUAAGAGGGAGAAUCCUUGGAACCAAGCCUCUCCCUACUAUUCGAGAAGCUUUCUCAGAGGUUAGAAGAGAAGAAAGCAGGAAGAAGCUGAUGAUGGGAACAAGGCCAUUCUCCAAUGUUCAGGAAGGAUCAGCACUCAUCUCCCAAGGCUCCACAAACAUUCAAGAAGGAACUGCCCUUGUUUCCCGAGGCUAUGAUGCAAGGCAGAAGAAAGGAAGACCAUGGUGUGAUCAUUGCCGCAGACCAGGUCACACCAAAGAAACAUGUUGGAAAAUACACGGGAAGCCCACUGACUGGAAGUCAAACAAGGAGAAGGAGUCACGAGCAUUUGUGGCAGAUCCUGAAGGGAAAGAAAGAAGUACCAAUGAUUCUACUCUCUUUAGCAAAGAACAAGUGGAUUGGCUGCAAAAGAUGUUUAGCCAAGGAUCAUCCACUAACCCCGUUAUCUCAACCGGAUCCGCUGCUCAGAGAGGUAACUUCCUAAUUGCUUUACACACAAAAACUGAAGAUUCAUCAGGUUGGAUCAUCGAUUCGGGUGCCUCCGACCACAUGACAGGUGAUAUAUCAGUACUCCAUGAUUGUAGCCCCUGCCAUGAGAAUUACAAAGUAAGAAUUGCUGAUGGCUCUCUUUCCACCCUGACUGGUAUUGGAAGAGUGAUUAUUUCCGAGACCCUAACUCUUAAUCAAGUUCUUUUGGUUCCCAAGCUCUCAUGCAAUUUACUAUCAAUCAGCAAGCUUACCCGAGACCUAAAUUGUGUGGCUAAAUUCUCUUCCUCUCAUUGUUUGUUUCAGGAUUUGGCUUCGGGGAUGAUGAUUGGCAAUGCUAAGGAAAGCAAAGGACUCUACUGGUUUAGGGCAGCUGGAAAACAAGACUCUCAAGCACAUCAUAGUAGAGGUUGUGCGCUCUUGGGCAUUUAUGAGACACCAACUUUACUUGCAAAGGAAAAACUUUUUCUUGACCAGGGCUGGCAGCGUGCUGUUGCCUGGGACAUGCUUAGAAUUUAUAGUAAUUUUGUUGAUGCUCAAGAAAGGCGCAGGAUUGAACGGCUGGAAUUGUUUGAUGAGUUUGAAGAGUGGCACAUGAUGCAGGAGCAUUAUUGUGUGGCUUAUGCAAUCAACGAUGCCAUGGGCUUGUUGGGGGACUUUGGCUUCCCUAAGGACGACCACGUGCCCUGCAGCCCCUCAGCAGCACCACCAUGAAGGGAUGAGGGUACAUCUCAUCAGAAUUCUUUGUCAAGCUGUGAGGUACACAAUGAGCACAGAAAUCAUGUGCAACCGACACGUGCCAGUUUCUCACCAGAUGGUUGUCAGGUAAAAAGGGUCUCUCAACUAGUAGUUAUAAGUUUCCAAAAGGAUGAUGGCUCGUGUGGAUGAGUCUCCAUGUAUUUUGUUUGGACUUGGAAAGAUAGAUCCUUUCUUUUUUGCUAGCUGUUUGGCAAAGAAACGUGGUGGGUCCUUUUUACAGCACAACAUGUGUCAUCCUAUGGUUUUGUGGGGUCUUUUUAUGUGGAAAAAACAUUUGCAUGGUUGGUCUUCUUUUAAUGCAUUCUUCCCCCCUUUUUUCUUA